AUGGCACUCGUCGAACAGAUUUGAAUCAUGUUUGAGUUUGAAUCCAAAACAUUGGUUUGACACACAACCGAUGUAUUUUCUACUUUCUAAACAUUUCGACUGUAUAAUUUUGCCUGCAGUCCGGCACAAAUUAAACUGACAUCAUGGAUAAACUUCUUGAGAAGCUACCAUCUGUCUCUCUCGGUGGAAAAGACUACUCAGCUGACGACUUACAGUGGUUGUCAGAGGUUAGAGAGUUAGUGCCUUUUGUGAACUGGCUCACUAAAUAUAUUGACAGUCCUAACAUUAUUUCAGAACAACUUUAUGAAAAGUAUACCGAUUUACAACAUAGCGGCAAAGUAUUAAAUGGUGAAGUACUAGACCAAGCCCUUGAAGAAUAUGGAGUUGAUGUUCAAAGAAUAUUACAUUCCAAUUUAUCUGAUUUUGAUGUGGAUCUUAAUGACUUUGAGCUAAAUGAAUUAAGAAUUCAGAAUGAUACAGCAGCAGAAGUGGAAAAUCUUCUGAGUGAUGAAUGUUAUCAAUGUUCUUGUACUGAACAAACUAAAGAAGCUGAAUUAAAAACAGCGCAAGUUGCAUGUCAGCGGGAAGGUCAGAAUCUGAUGAAGAUCCAUGUACCUUAUAAAGCAACUUUAUCCUCACUUUUUUCUAAUGUUAAUAAAUUGAAAACCACCCUCAUGGAUUCAGAAGAUCUGGAUAUUCAAAACUGCACUUUCUCUAAUAUGCCUCUGGAUAGCAUCUUGAACAGUUGCGAGAAAUUUAACGAAUAUUCAAACUUAUGCUUAAUGAGGAAAUUUGAUCGGUCGUCUGCUAAUGAUAAAAAUACACUACAUGAAUUAAUGUCUUUUGUGGAUGAUGAAUCAUCAUUGCGAUCCCUCUGGUCAUCAUCAUCAUCAAAUAUGACAACUGGCCUACCCUCUAAAAUGUGGAAAGCACUCGUGAGCAAAAUAUCUGAGCAAGGCAACUUUACAGGAAAUGUGGGUGCAAUCCGCCAUCUGAUAAGUCUGAAAGGAAACUCCUCAUUACAAAAAUUAAAUAAUCUUAGUAUGAAACUGGAAAUCAGCAAACUUCAAGAUGAAAUUUUAAGGUUGUCCGAAGAUAUUAAUUUGAUAUUGCGGCAUGAAGUUAGCAAUACAGUAGAAGAGAUUGUUCUUCAUCAUAUCAGUUGUGUUGUUGAAAGAAUUACAAGAAUUCGCAUAGAACGCAGACAAAUGAAGCUUAGGAAGCUAUGCUCAAUUGCCCAUGUCACUCACAAAUUUUUGUACCUCACAGAUGCUCUCUGGAUGAUGUUUGCUCAUGAGAGCCAACAGUUUAGGUUCAGCCUUAGCACAAUCAAGGAAAUUUCAGAUUUCUUCACAGAUGAGCUGAAUAGACAUGAUGCUACAAUGGCUGGAUUGCACAGUACCAUAAAAGAAUAUAACAUGACCAGUGAUGUCCUGAGAGGUGGUCAAGCUAUGCUACUUGGAACCUUACAGCGUCUUCUUGAUAUCACUGAAAAUGGUAAUGAUACCAUUUCUGAAAACCAAUGGAUAGAGUUGGAAUGUGUACAUUUGAGUGAUGUGUUGGAGUCUUUAGAGAAACAGUACCCAGACCGGGAGCUUUCCAUCUAUAAACUGAUUUCGGAGCUGACUAAUGGACAAACCAAUAAACCAAACCUUGUGAAAACAGAGCUUUCUUUGGCACUUCAAGAUGUUGACGAUCAAAUAAAUAAGUCCUCCUUAGAAUUCAGAAAUCUUGCUACUCUGUAUUCCACCAAACAGUUGGCCUUUAAUAAAUCCCAGGUUAAUAAAAAUCGUCGUCUACUGUGGGCAUGGUUUUUAGUUGCCCCAGAGGAAUUAGAGGAAGCUUUAACUAUUGCUGAAGAGGAGUCGAAGAAAAAGAGACAUGGUUGACUAUAUUACUUAGCUGUGAGAUAUGUUAAUUUUUACAUGUAUGUGUAUAUCUAUAUAUAUAUCUAAAGAUAGAUUGUAUUUCUAAUCUAUGUA